AACGCUCCUGAGCCUGUAGCAGUUGCCGAGACCCUGGCCGAGGUACCUGACCAUGUACUUCGAGGACUUCCAGAGGAAGUGAGGCUUUUCCCAUCUGCUGUGGACAAGACUCGGAUUGGUGUCUGGGCCACUAAACCAAUUUUAAAAGGCAAAAAGUUUGGGCCAUUUGUUGGUGAUAAGAAAAAGAGAUCUCAAGUUAAGAAUAAUGUAUACAUGUGGGAGGUAUAUUACCCAAAUUUGGGAUGGAUGUGUAUUGAUGCCACCGACCCAGAGAAGGGGAACUGGCUGCGAUAUGUGAAUUGGGCUUGUUCAGGAGAGGAGCAAAAUUUAUUUCCGCUGGAAAUCAACAGGGCCAUUUACUAUAAAACUUUAAAGCCAAUCGCGCCGGGCGAGGAGCUCCUGGUCUGGUACAAUGGGGAAGACAACCCCGAGAUAGCAGCUGCGAUUGAGGAAGAGCGAGCCAGCGCCCGGAGCAAGCGGAGCUCCCCGAAAAGCAGGAAAGGGAAGAAAAAAUCCCAGGAAAAUAAAAACAAAACAAACAAAAUUGAAGACAUACUGCUGAAGACAAGUGAGCCAGAUUUCACCUCUGCAAAUAUGAGAGAUUCUGCGGAAGGUCCCAAAGAAGAGGACGAGAAGCCUUCAGCCUCAGCAGCUGAGCAGACAGCCGUUCUUCAGGAGAUGGUUCGUCAAGAUGUGCUUCCAGAACUAGUAGUCCCUCCCCCUGCCUGCGAACCACAGACAGAACCAGACGAGAAGCUAGAAGCAACAAAUUGUGAGGUGAAUGAUUUGGAGGAAGAGGAGGAGGAAGAAGACGACGAAGAUGAUGAGUUGGAAGAAGAGGGGGAAGAGGAAGCUGACACGCCAAAUGAAAGUUCUGUGAAAGAGCCAGAAAUACGGUGUGAUGAGAAGCUAGAAGAUUUAUUAGAAGAACCAAAGAGUAUUUCAAAAGAAACUCUUGAAGACUCUCCAGAGGUAACAUCUGUUAUCAGAAUUCCCAAAACGAAAGAAGAAGCCAAUGGUGAUGUAUUUGAAGCAUUUAUGUUUCCAUGUCAGCAUUGUGAAAGGAAAUUUACAACCAAACAGGGGCUUGAACGUCACAUGCAUAUCCAUAUAUCUACAGUCAAUCAUGCUUUCAAAUGCAAGUACUGUGGGAAAGCAUUUGGCACACAGAUUAACAGGAGGAGGCAUGAGCGUCGCCAUGAGUCAGGGUUAAAGCGAAAACCCAGCCUAACACUACAGCCAUCAGAAGACCCAGCUGAUGGCAAAGGAUCUGGAGACAGUGUUCCUCCGAAAGAUGACUCCAGUCCUCCCAGUCUUGGGCAAGACUGUCUGAUCUUGAAUUCAGAGAAGGCUUCCCAAGAAACAGUAAAUUCUUCUGUUGUAGAAGAGAAUGGAGAAGUUAAAGAGCUUCAUCCGUGCAAAUAUUGUAAAAAGGUUUUUGGAACUCAUACUAAUAUGAGACGGCAUCAGCGUAGAGUUCAUGAACGUCAUCUGAUUCCCAAAGGUGUACGGCGAAAAGGAGGCCUCCUCGAAGAGCCACAACCUCCAGCAGAGCAGGCCCAGCCCACCCAGAGUGUCUAUGUACCAAGCACAGAACCGGAGGAGGAAGGGGAGGCAGAUGACGUGUACAUCAUGGAUAUUUCUAGCAAUAUCUCUGAAAACUUAAAUUACUAUAUUGAUGGUAAAAUUCAGACCAGCAGCAGCACUAGUAACUGUGACGUGAUUGAGAUGGAAUCCAGUUCGGCAGACUUGUAUGGUAUAAAUUGUCUACUUACUCCAGUUACGGUGGAAAUUACCCAAAAUAUAAAGACCACACAGGUCCCCAUAACAGAUGAUCUUCCUAAAGAGCCUUCCAGCAGCACAAACAGUGAGUCCAAGAAACGGAGAACUGCUAGUCCUCCUGUGUUACCCCAAAUUAAGGCUGAAACCGAGUCUGAUCCUGUAGCAGCCUCGUGUUCCUUAAGUCUGCCUCUUAGCAUAGCAACUACAGAGGCAAUACCUUUCCACAAAGAGAAGAGUGUAUAUUUGUCAUCGAAGCUCAAACAGCUUCUGCAAACCCAGGGUAAACUAACUCCUGCAGGAAUUCCAGCAACUGAAAUACCUAAGUUAGGUCCUGUUUGUGUGUCCUCUCCUGCUUCAGUGCUGCCUGUGCCCUCGAGUAGGUUUAAGCGGCGGACCAGCUCUCCUCCCAGCUCUCCACAACACAGUCCUGCCCUUCGAGACUUUGGAAAGCCAAGCGAUGGUAAAGCCGUGUGGUCUGACGUAGUUCUAAGUUCCAAAAAACCCAAAUUAGAAAGUCAUAACAACUCACCAGCGUGGAGUUUGUCUGGGAGAGAUGAGAGAGAAACCGUGAGUCCGCCAUGCUUUGAUGACUAUAAAGUAUCUAAAGAGUGGGCACCCAGUUCUACUUUUAGUAAUGUAUGCAACCAGCAGCCGCUGGAUUUAUCCAGUGGUGUAAAACAAAAGGCUGAGGGUGCAGGCAAGACUCUGGGCCAGUGGGAAUCUGUAUUAGAUCUCAGUGUGCAUAAAAAGCCUUGUAGUGACUCUGAAGGCAAGGAAUUCAAAGAAAAUCAUUUGGUCCACCCAGCCUGCAGUGCUGUGAAGAAAAAGAAACCAACCACCUGCAUGUUACAGAAGGUUCUUCUCAAUGAGUACAAUGGCAUCGAUUUACCUAUAGAAAAUACUCCAGAUGUGACCAGGAGUCCGAGUCCUUGCAAAUCCUUAGAUCCCCAGCCAGAUCCUGACCUGGGUCCUGACUCUAGUUUAUCUGCUCCUGCUGUCGAGUCCCCACCUGAUGUUUCUCCUUCAUCACCUGCCCGACAGACAUCUUCCCUUUCUUCCGGGCAGCUGCCUCCUCUCUUGAUCCCGACAAAUCCCUCCUCCCCUCCGCCCUGUCCUCCUGUGUUAACUGUCGCCACCCCACCCCCUCCCCUCCUUCCUACUGUACCUCUGCCAGCCCCCUCCUCUGGUGCAUCUGCUCGUCCAUGCCCCUCUCCACUCUCGAAUGCCGCUGCACAGUCCCCACUUCCAAUCCUUUCCCCUACAGUGUCUCCCUCACCAUCUCCCGUUCCUUCCGUGGAGCCUCUUAUGUCUGCUCCUUCACCUGGGCCUCCAACACUCUCUUCCUCUUCUUCCUCCUCCUCUUCUUCAUCUUCAUUCUCUUCUUCAUCUUCCUCCUCUUCCCCUUCGCCACCUCCUCUCUCAGCAGUAUCAUCCGUUGUUUCCUCUGGGGAUAAUCUGGAAGCUUCUCUCCCCAUGAUAGCUUUCAAACAGGAGGAAUUAGAGAAUGAAGAUCUGAAACCCAGGGAAGAGCCCCAGUCUGCAGUUGAACAGGACAUUGUUCAGGAAACAUUCAACAAAAACUUUGUCUGCAAUGUCUGUGAAUCACCUUUUCUUUCCAUUAAAGAUCUAACCAAACAUUUAUCUAUUCAUGCUGAAGAAUGGCCCUUCAAAUGUGAAUUCUGUGUGCAACUUUUUAAGGCUAAAACUGAUUUGUCAGAACAUCGCUUUUUGCUUCAUGGAGUUGGGAAUAUCUUUGUGUGUUCAGUUUGUAAAAAAGAAUUUGCUUUUUUGUGCAAUUUGCAGCAGCACCAGCGAGAUCUCCAUCCAGAUAAAGUGUGCACACACCAUGAGUUUGAAAGUGGCACUCUGAGGCCCCAGAACUUUACAGAUCCCAGCAAGGCCCAUAUAGAGCAUAUGCAGAGGUUGCCAGAAGAUCCUUUAGAAACAUCUAGAGAAGAGGAGGAGUUAAACGAUUCCUCUGAAGAGCUUUACACAACCAUAAAAAUAAUGGCUUCUGGAAUAAAGACGAAAGAUCCAGAUGUUCGAUUGGGUCUCAAUCAACAUUACCCGAGCUUUAAACCACCUCCAUUUCAGUACCAUCACCGAAAUCCCAUGGGUAUUGGUGUGACGGCCACAAAUUUCACUACACACAAUAUUCCGCAGACGUUUACUACUGCCAUUCGCUGCACAAAGUGUGGAAAAGGUGUUGACAACAUGCCUGAGUUACACAAACAUAUCCUGGCCUGUGCUUCUGCUAGUGACAAGAAGAGGUAUACCCCUAAGAAAAAUCCAGUACCGUUGAAACAAACUGUGCAACCCAAAAACGGUGUGGUGGUUUUAGAUAACUCUGGGAAAAAUGCCUUCAGACGAAUGGGACAGCCCAAAAGACUGAACUUCAGUGUUGAGCUCAGCAAAAUGUCAUCGAAUAAGCUCAAAUUAAGUGCAUUGAAGAAAAAAAAUCAGCUUGUCCAGAAAGCAAUCCUUCAGAAAAACAAAUCUGCAAAGCAGAAGGCCGACUUAAAAAACGCUUCUGAGUCCUCCUCACACAUCUGCCCGUACUGUAACAGAGAGUUCACGUACAUCGGAAGCCUGAAUAAACAUGCCGCUUUCAGCUGCCCCAAAAAACCUCUUUCUCCUUCAAAAAAAAAAGUUUCUCAUUCAUCCAAGAAAGGCGGACACUCAUCACCUGCGUGUAGUGACAGAAACAGCAGCAGCAGCCACCGCAGACGGACAGCGGAUGCAGAGAUUAAAAUGCAGAGCACGCAGGCGCCCCUGGGUAAAACCAGAGCCCGCAGCUCAGGCCCCACACAAGCCCCCCUGCCCUCCUCGGCCUUCAGGUCCAAGCAGAAUGUCAAAUUUGCAGCUUCGGUGAAGUCCAAAAAGCCAAGCUCCACUUUAAGGAACUCAAGCCCGAUAAGAAUGGCCAAAAUAACUCAUGUCGAGGGGAAGAAACCCAAGGCUGUGGCCAAGAAUCAUUCUGCUCAGCUCUCGAACAAGACUUCCCGGAACCUGCACGUGAGGGUACAGAAAAGCAAAGCUGUCUUAAAAAGCAAAUCCGCUUUGGCCAGUAAGAAAAGAACAGACCGGCUCAAUGUCAAAUCUAGGGAGCGGAGUGGGGGGCCGGUCACCCGAAGCUUCCAGCUGGCAGCUGCUGCCGACCCGAGUGAAAACAGGAGGGAGGACAGCAGUGGCAGGCAGGAGCUGAAGGACUUCAGGAACUUCCUGUAGAAAAGCCCCCCAAACAAAACAAACCUUAAUUGACUAAAUAAAGAUAUUGCAUGCUCAACUUAGGAUAAGCACUACGGCAAAGAAUACGAAAUCUACCAAGCUUGCAAGACCCAGUUGAAGCUGACUCAAAAAUGCUCCCACAGCCGAUUGCCAGCAGGCUUCUUGUGCUGGUUAGAGGCAGGCAUCUGCUUCUUCGCUGGUGCCCAUCACACGUGCUGGGCUCUCGGGUGAUUGGCUGUAGGAUGGGCUAGAUGAGCUGGCUCGUCGUCAUGGGACUGUCGCUCAAAUCAGUGUGGCCCUGGUUUUUGGCACAUAGCAGAGAAAGGAAUACUUUGAAGGUAACCUUGCAAAGCAAGUCCUCUGCUUUAUCAAUAGUUUGUUGUAGAUUUCAGGGAUGACAAAUUGUGAUGCACUCAUUUUAAGACGUUUUGGUCACACACCAGCUCUUGAUGCCUUUCUUUUAAAUGAAUUGUAGAUAGAAAGAGGUAUUUAGCUUCUCUCUUAGCCUGUUUUUUUAUCACAAGCAGAUUGCCAGCAUAAUAGAGAGGAAGCCAGAUUGGAUAUGGACUCUUUUUAUGCCUCUUCCAGUGUCAUGUUUAUAUAUCCAAAUGGACAGUAUCCUCUCAGAUUAUUAUCUGGCACUAAUUUAUAACUAUUAUAUUAUCGAAGACUAUGUAGCAAUAUAUCAGUGCCCAGGAUGGAUCACAGGCCUGUAUAGAUGUGGGUCUACACGUGAGUAUAAAUGAAUUUACACACCAGCUUUUACACUUCAGUCCCUAAUAGAGAUUAAAAACAACACAUUGGCCCCUUCCUGAGUAUAUAAGUAUCAUUUCUCCGUGCAUUGUAUGCCUUCCCCCUAAUUAAUGACAGUUGGUGGAAAAUGGUUAGGUUCAUUCAUGUUGUUUUUUUGUUCUCAACUUUAAAAUAAUCUACCUCUUAAAAUCUGUAGUUUAAUACUUGUUUGGUGAAUUUGUGCCACUUUAACCCUUUCACUAUCAUUCCCAUUUUGUUACAUUUCUGUUACUGGGACUUUGUGUUGAAAUAUUGUGUAAAGCAUUUGUAGUAGUUUAAAAAUAAAAUAUUUAAAAUUAUUUAAAUUGUUUUGGACGCUUCAAUUGUAUUAUAUGUGAUUUACAUUUUACAUUUUUGUUUGAGUUGUUAAUCUGGAGAGUGUACUUGUAUUGAAGUUUGCUGUUAGUUAUUUUAUUGUUUCUUGUUGGAGAGUGAUAUAAAAGACUAUUCUAAUGAAAACAUUAAAAUUUGCGAUUUGACUUACAAAAGGGGUUGUCCGUUGAUUUUAACCGAUGUAGCCUUGAGAGAGAGAGGUUCAUUAUUAUAGACAGACAAGUGAAGAGUGCUGUUUGCUGUUUCUCUCUCCCCUUCCAGCAUGAAAUAAACCAUUUGAGUUUGUCAGAUGUAUAAAAAAGUUUUUUUAUGCUCUUGCUAGCAAGCACUUAAUAACUAGGGGGAAUUCAAAUGAUUCAUUUUAUAUAAUUGUAACCAAUAAAAACACUUUCUAAA